AUGGUUACAGCUCCAGUUCACGGUGGACUGGCCGAGCCAGUGAACCGGUACGGGAACCGGCUGCCGGUGGAGGCACUCUUGAGCCGCCCGUCCGUUGCGGUUAGCAGCGCGGACUGCACGACGCUUCACCGCAUAGCGGACGGAACCCUGUCACCUCUUACCGGGCCGAUGAACGUCGAUGACUACGAGAGCGUUCUCGAGCGUGCGUGCAUCGUGCGGCACGGGGAAGCCUACGCCUGGACGAUUCCCAUCUUUCUACCUGUUGACGCAGAGGAUGCCGCCAGAAUUAAAGUCGGCGAUGAGGUCGUCCUUCGUGACGAAAACAGCGUCGCUAUAGGAGUCUUGACCGUGGAAACGAUAUAUGAGCGCGAUCUACAACGUUUUUUACGCAUUGUUUAUAGAACGGAACGCACAGAUCACCCGGGCGCUCGACUGUGGACAGGUGACAGCCGGCGCUUCAGCCUCGGCGGCUCGCUGUGUAUGUUUGAACCAGCACCCGACCCGCGCCCGUUCGCCUCGUACAUCAAAGGACCACUACAGGUCCGAGAGCUCAUUCAACAUCGAGGCUUCGAGCAGACAGUAGCAUUCCAGACGCGCAACCCACUGCAUCGCGCGCAUGAAUAUGCGCUGGUUCACGGGGCGGAACAGUUGCUCUCCGCGCAUCCCGAGCGAUACACGGGCGUGUUUUUGAAUCCGCUUGUGGGCGAGCUCAAGUCGGACGAUGUACCAGCGACUGUUCGCAUGCAAACGUACAUCAAUCUGGUAGAGCAGCGCGUGCUUGGCCAAGGUGACCAAAACGAGGACGUCUGGAAGCGAGCUGGACAGUCGUUGCACGAGCAGCUGCAUCUGGUGGGCCUCGACAUGCGCAUGUUCUACGCUGGACCCAACGAGGCCGUCAUGCACGCAAUCUAUCGACAGAACCUGGGUUUCACGCAUUUCAUUGUAGGACGCAAACACGCCGAUGCCCCGUACGAUGAUCAGACCCCCAUUUGGGAUGAUUUUGAGGCCCAGCGCAUCUUCCGCAGCCUGGGUGGCAAGCUGGCGAUUGAAGCGAUUCCCGUGGGUUAUGCUGCGUAUUUUGAAGAGCUAGGUCGUGUCGGCCUGGUUGAGGAGCACCCAGGAAUGACACCGGUUAGUAUUAGCGGUACAAAAAUGCGCGAAACGCUUCGAGCAGGACGCAUUCCCGAUAGUCGUGUCAUGCGCGAGUGUGUUGCUCGCGUUCUCAUCGAGUACUAUCGCAAGGAUGCCGAUGAUUCAGCGACGCCCGAGCACGUGCAUCUCUAG